UCUACUUUUUUUUUCUUCCUUUUGUUUCAUAAUUUUAUUAGACAAAACAUCAUUAUAGUUAAACUAUAAAAUGCUUGAAACCAGGAAAAUUAAAACACGAGUACCUAAACUUUAGUCCUUGAACAUAACUUAUUCCUUAUCAGACGACUUUUUGAGUUUUGUAGUGAAGUGAUUAAUAUAGAUUACACUUUCAGCAGCUUCUUAAGUUUUCUUACUUUCAAAGACUAUUAUCAAAACGCCAUAUAGUUAUAGGGACGUGAAUACUAUUUUACUCAAUUUUAUUUCAUUUUUGCUGUUAGUGUUAAUUUAGAGUAAAGGCCCAUUUAGUUUUUAAAAUUGUGAUUUGUGUGUAACUUUGCUCCUCUUAUUAUCUGGCUUAACAAAAUUCAACAGAUGCCUCUGAAAUUGGAAUUCUAACAUCUGAGUCCCUCAUUUAACCCAUCUUACUGUCAUUUUGGUCCUUGAAUAAACAAGGACGAGCGAUUGAGAUAAAUGUUAAGUGAAGAGAUCCACAAAUCUAACUAAUUAAGGCUUAGGAUAUGUGUAUCUUGUAAAUGGACCCAUGAUUGCUUAUACUGACUUUUACAUCCAUUCAUGCAAUUAGCAGCAUGUAACUGUUGGGUGUAGAUCACUUAAAGCAGACUAAAAACAUUCAUUCAAGAUCUGAGCCAUGCAAUCUUCAUCUAACGACUUCUUGAAUGAAUGUAAAUUCCAACAGGAUAUUUCCUGAAUCAAAGUGUAUUUUUAGGGAAAAAGGGGGUUGAUAGGAUAUAAUGGGUAAUGGGUUUAGGAUAAAAGGGAGAGGAAUUGUAUAAAUAGUACUUUGUUAUGUUGUCAGGAGGGGAGUUUUGAACAUUAAUUGUACGAACAGGCUCUUUCAGGUCCUGUGAGGGAGGUUAUGCUCCCAACUAUUCUUUGUGAAGAUAAUUCUAUUGCUGUGAAUAAUAGAAACUCAUUCUUUCAUUACUUUCUCUGUCUAUUGUGAGUGUUCUUGGUUAGGUUCCAUACUUAGAAACCUAACAAAUUGGUCCGACCUGUCGGAUCUGCUCGGGAGGGGACUGUCGGAUACCCUUAGGGGAGGACGGCCGGAUCAAAGGUUGCGGAUCAAGAAGUGAUCAAGAAAGGGUUGAAGCAUGGAAGGAAGAGACAAUACCUUGGAGAGGAGGACCAUCGAACAGAAAAUGAGCAAGGCAAAACCGAAAAUGAGCAUGGCAGAAUGGAGAAGAAAUAUGCAAGAAAUGCGGCAGGAAACCAGAGUACUCUUGCGAGUUCUUGGAGGAAGGGUGUGGAACCAGGAAAAAGGAUUGGAAGGCAGUCCAGGGUCUGUAGAUGAAAAUCAACAUUCUGUUAACGAGAAUCGGAGAAGGGGAAGAGAGAGCUCGGAGGAGGAACUGGAUGAAGACCGAGGAGAUGCCCAACCUAAUGGGGUAAAAAGGGUAGAACUACCCACUUUCAACGGGUUUGAUCCUAAGGGGUGGAUUGCUAGAACGAAGAAAGUUUGAGAUCUAGGGGGUGAUAGAGGAAGAAAAAGUGCGCCUGGCAUACAGUAGCAUGAAGGGCAGUGCUGGGUAUUGGGUCCUGGAUUGGAAGGCUAAAGCCAAGAAUCGUUCUUGAGAAGGAUUGAAGGAAGCUAUGGUGGUGCGAUUUGGAGGGCAAAAAUAAAUGAAGAUUUACGACGAUGACGUCAUCAACGCUUCAGGUUCAGUUGGCGUGUUUCGUUGCACGCGCUUCCAAGAGGCUCCGGAUUGGAGCAUCAUCGAGUCACUCAUUCUGGUGAACGAAAUCGCAGCGGUGGAAGCCGACUGCUUCGUCGCGCUGUCCUCCUACCAGCAGUGGAACAUCAUCGCCCAGAACUGCGUGGCCUUGGAUGUGCAGCGCAACCUCACGCAGUGCCGCCGCAAGUGGCAUGCGUUGCUCUCUGACUACGACUGCUUCAAGGGAACAACCAACGCUGGAGGCAAGUUGCCGUCGAAUUUUGAUUACGAAUUGUUUGAGGCCGUCGAACGCGUUGUGAGGGCACGUGAGGAGCGGGGCAUGGCUAAUCCCGAGAGCAAUCCGAAGCAGGGAACGAUGCGUGUGACGCCACCGUGGAAAUUGGGUCCAAAAGGAAAGGGUAACGAAGUAAGUUCAAACACCGCAUUCAAAAGCCCAAACUUGAACAAAGGCACGAGGACAACCAUGAAGAAGAGCAUGAGGAAAAACCAUUUUUUUCGUGGGUGAAAAGAGAAGAGGUUGAGCACAAAGUGGUGAGUGUUGAAGAGAAUAAUAAUAAAAGUAACAGUAAAGGGGUUGCAGAGCAAGCAAUUAGUGGUGUUGAAACAGUGAAGGUGGUGGAUGUGGCCACCGAGAACCAAGAGGAGCAAAGGGAGCUUGCAGUUUUUGAUGCACCUGCAGAGGGGAGAGAGCUGCUUGAAGCAUUGAAAGACAUUGAAAAUCAUUUUCUCAGGGCUUAUGAUUCUGGAAAAGAUGUGACCAGAAUGCUGGAAGCUAAUAGAAUCCAGGAAGAAUGGAAGCCAUUGGAGGAGGAUUUGCCACCACCCAAGCCUCCAUACCUGAAUGGGAGGGCAGUAGCCAGUGGGUUCCAUUCAUAUGAUAACACGAUGAUGAAGAGGAGUCAGGAAAUCAAAUUUCACGGUUCCAACCUUGAGGAUAAGGUUGUUCUGCAGCGAGGUGUAAUGAUAGGAUAUAGGGUGAUAGGAUAUAAUGAGUAAUGGGUUUAGGGUAGAAGGGAGAGGAAUUGUAUAAAUAAUACUCUGUUAUGUUGUCCGGAGGGGAGUUUUGAACAUUAAUUGUACAAACAGGGUUUUUCAGGUCUUGUGAGGGAGGUUAUGCUCCCAACUAUUCUUUGUGAAGAGAAUUCUAUUAUUGUGAAUAAUAGAAACUCAUUCUUUCAUUACUUUCUCUGUCUACUGUGAGUGUUCUUGGUUAGGUUCCAUUCUUAGAAAUCUAACAGGGGUACUAACUGCAACUUGAUUGAAAUUCAGGGAGUAUAAUUUUUAAAGAUCCUUUGGUGAAACUUUUAUGUUUUAAAAACUAUUAUAAAAAUUAUGUUAGAUUUUAAAAAUUAUUUGAUUCUUAUCAAAAUUUGAAAUUCACUUAGUUCCUUUUCU